CCCUUGAUGAAUACUUGAUCCUUGACAGCUCUUUCUACUCCACUUCUGCAUCCUUCUCCACGUAGCUACAGUAGCUAUCUUUUGUGAUGGAUGAACAAAAAGUAGAGAUGAACCAUACCACAUGGAUCUUCUUAUUUGUUAAAUAUAAUUUUAUAUUUUAAUGUGUUUGUCUGCCUGUAAAUAAAUGUUUGGUAUAAUACAUUUAAGGUUAUAAUUUUUCUGGAGAGAGAAUACGUGAGCAACAAAAAAAAAUUAUAAUUUCAUUGGCCAGCGAUGUAACGAGCAACUGAAAGGCUCAAUUGUGAUUUGUGCAAUGCCAUUAAUGAGAAUAACAUAUCUUAUCCAUAGAAAAACUCAGUAAUUAAGCAAUUGCCUCUCCAUAAUUAAACUUUCUCGGAAAAUGGAUGAGUAAGCUAAUCAAUGCGGACUAUAUAUAUAUAUAUAUAUUGCUAGCAUUAGUAUCAGUAUUUGGACAACUAGUUACAAUCUAGUUUAUGGUAUCAUUUGAAUGCAUGACUAGUAAAAUGUAAAAUGGAAGUAAAAAGAAUUAAGCACUAUAGCAGUUGUCAUCAGAUACUUCUUGUUGGAGAGGGGGACUUCUCAUUUGCACUUAGUUUGGCGACUGCAUUUGGUUCAGCUUCAAACAUCGUUGCCACUUCCCUUGACUCCAAAGAGUCACUAGUGAGAAAAUACUCUAGAGCUUCAAGAAACUUGGAUGAGUUGAAGAAUCUUGGGUGUACUCUUGUGCAUGAAGUAGAUGGCCACAUAAUGAACCAUCACCCACUCUUAGAGAACAAGUUAUUUGACCGAAUAGUCUUCAAUUUUCCCCAUGCUGGAUUUUAUGGAAAAGAGAGUCAGUUGCUGCAAAUUAUGCUGCACCAGGAGGUUGUAAGAGGGUUCUUGAAGAGUGCUAGGAAGAUGUUAAAGGAAUAUGGAGAAGUUCAUGUUACACACAAGACAGCAUCCCCUUUUUCUUACUGGGGAAUAGUGAAGCUAGCAAAGGAAGCUAAGUUGUCAUUGGUAGAAGAAGUACCUUUUGGAAUAUUUGAUUAUCCAGGUUACAUUAACAAGAGAGGUCAUGGAAAUAGAUGCGACGACAGCUUUCCUGUUGGUCAAUGCAGCACCUUCAAAUUCUGUAUAUCACACAUUAUUGUAGAUUGCUAACUUGUGUCUGCUGUGUCUUAACCGUGUUAAAAAUAAAAAUUUUUUAUCUGAACCUGCGUAGACACGGACUUAAAUACCAUCACAGUUGUACAUGUUUUGUUAAAAUACCUAGUAUAGUAUUUUGUUUUGUUUUGUGAAAAUACCUAGUACAUGUUUUGUUUUGUGAAAGGAAAAUACCGAGUAGAGAGUAUUUUCCUUUGUUUUGGGACAUUAUUGUACAUGGUUGAUGAUAUUAU